AUGGACUUACGUUACUUCUUAAUUCCACUAUCGUUAUUUACUUAUGUACGAACAGACAUCGAAAGCGAAGAGCCGAUUCUAUACUACUAUGGUCUAGAGUCCAGCGAGCGCGGGCUGCCGGCGUGCGCGGCGCGCCAGGCGUGCGCGGCGCUGCUGCGGCGCUACUGGCGCGCGCCCGCGCUGCUGCGCCUGUGCCGCUGCGCGCGCCGCCUGCGCUGCGACGCCGCGCUGCCGCCCGCGCGCCGCCUGCCGGUCAACGACCGCGUGCACCUGCAGUUCUGUAGUCCCGUGUCCGACUGGCCCGAGUGUGCGAUCGACGAGACUCCGCUGUCCCUCCGGGCGUCGGACGAGCGGAUGGAUCCGGACGAGCUGGAGCGGCUGCAUCACCGAGGCGUACGACUGACUCCGCCGAAUAUAACGCUCAGAUGCCGUUGUCGCUAUCCGACCUAUUGGAAAUUUAAGAGGGAAGAGAACGAUACCAUGUCUUAUCAGUGCGCCUCGUUGCCGCCGUGCAAAUCGGGUGAUUUUUGUGGUAAUGUCGACUACGACUUGCUUUCGUUGUAUCAAUCUUGUUUGUGUCCCAGGAAUCACAUAUGCGUUCAUAACGGCGGCACCACUCACUUGCAAAUAUCCGAAUUGUUAUAUCGGGGCAAGGGCUGGAGAGCCUACUGUCAACCUGUAAGCGACGACUACGACUACGAGGAUUAUUGAUGAACAUACUU